GCCCUGUUUGAUGUAUAAUUAUUUGUUUUACAAAGUCAAGUUUAAAAUUACGUGUAUGUAUAGAAGUCACCGCCAGUGCUUGUUAGUGUAUAAUGAGCGCUUUAAUUGGCUUUCACUUAUACAAAGUUACAUACGCGAGAUAAAUAACUGCCGAAUAUUUUAAUGCGCAGUAUUUUGUACAAAUCACACUGUGGUCUUAUUACUAGAACCGGAAUAUGUGUUCCACAAUUCUCGGUACCACAUUGGACGCGCGCGACGAUGAGUCAUGCGACCCCCGUUUUUCUUUUUCGUUCGGGAAUCUCCGCAACCAUCAUAGAAACAAGAUAUACAGAUGCGAAGAAGCAAUUACUUUUUAACUUUGGCCCGUUAUUAUUAAUAGAACGAUACUCCAUCUUUUACAGUCGUUAUUUCAUACAGAAUUUUUAUUUUAUUUAACAAUUUACAAAGUGUUUUUAUUGUUUUUGCGUAUAACUGACACAUAUAUCACGCGAGUUGUUGACCGGUAAAUGUCGUUAACCGAUUUCAAGGCUUCGAUAGAGGAAGGCGUUUGUCGUGAUGACAACGAUUGCCCCCAAAAACAAUAUUGUUACGAUGUAUCUGCACGAUGCGUAGAUUACACAGAAUGCCGGCGAUAUAACCGGCAAGAAAACCGCGAGAGGAAAGCUAGACACCCCUCUCAAUGUGGACCAUGCCUUUUCGGAUUCAGUGCCGAGGAACUCGGCACUGGAGAAAUGGCAUGGUUGUGCAAGAAGUCCAAUGUGCCAAAAAAUGUACCAGAUGUAGUAGGCAGACUGAAUAAUAUUACUAUCAUAUGUAUAACUGGAGGCGUACUGAUUGUCUUUUUGUUACUAAUAAUUGGUGUUAUCAUCUACCUUAGAAAACGAACGUCGAAACGACGGAAUAAUAACCCAGAGCAAUGUGGAGAUCUCUGUGUCACUGAACCUAGUGCUCCACCAGUGGAAACUAGUCCAUUCAUUAGUUAUGGAGAAGAGCUGGCACACGUGCCGUGUAAUAAUAAUAAAAAUCUAAAGGAUAGGAACAAUCUUGUGUCCGCUUCUCCUUUCAAGACUCCAAGUUGGGUUCGCCCGAAUCCGAAUUAUGAAACCAAUUUAAGCAAUGAGAAUAGGACAAUAAUGGGCCAAUUGCAAUCGGUGGUCGAGGUGCCACCAGCCGAUGAUCAAUCUAACCCUUGGCCUCCGGAACAAUUGACGCUUGAAGUUACUAAUGGAAACGUAGUUCAAUACGAAAUUGAACAAGUGGAUAAUAAUACGAACACCGUCUUAGUACAGACGAGUAACCCUUCUUCAUCUUCUACCAGUCACGAAGAAGAAAAUAAUAACAACCCUCGAAACAGUGGUUCAACACCUGAAUCGGGCAAUGGCGAGAACAGAGAGCGACUGAGGGCUUCAAACAUUUUGAUCUCGCAAAAAAUAUCGAUGAAUGUAAACUUAUUGAACAACGAUUGAUGAUCUCAAAAAUUUGAAUAUUGCAAUUUAAUGUUGUCUUAAAAAAAAAUAUGCCUUGCACGAGAGAGUCAGCAUCAAAUUUACACGUCUUGAUUAUAAUGAUUUGCCAUUAUUAGAGGGAUGACUAAAGUCUUUUAAUUUGAUGGAUGAAAACGUGAAGUAAUAUUAUAAGUACUGCUUGCUAUUACUAAUUGUUAUGAUUUGAUAUCGGUAAUUAGUUAAAGAUUUUUAAACAUAAGAUAACAUAUCACUGUUAUUUUAUUAUCAUAAAAUAGACUAUAAAUUUUAUACUAAGAAAAUAAGACUUCUUGCAUAAUUAAUGUGCUCGAUAAUGAAUAUAUCAAUUACUUUGAUAUUAAGAAGUGCUCAACAUUUUGCAGACCUCCAGUUUGCAUGCAUUAAAUAAAAAUGUGAUAAGUUUAUAGAAUAAUGUAGGUAAUUUUUGUUGACAGCAAGUAUUUAUAAUAUCAUAGAUCAGUGAUCUAUGCUUACUUUAGACAUUUUCAAAAUUGACGAUAUUCGGAAACGUUUUGAAUAAUUAAUAUUUUUCUAAAUUGUUGCAUCAAAAAAAAAUUAUAAAAUUCUAUUCUCACGUUGUGUUUGAGGGAUAUACAUAGUGUAAUUGUUUACAAUGUAUUUAGUGGAUAUUAUACAGUGGAGUCUCGUUAAAUGGCUCUUUAUUAAUGACAGUAAAAGACAAUUCUUUAGCUCAAUCAUACAACUGUAUACGCGGUCAUAUAGCAAGACUCCACUCUAAUUACGCAUUAUACACUGCAUUUAUACCGUUUUCAUCAUACUAUUUCCUUUACUACGAAACGGUAGUUUUAUAAUAAGACAUUGUAUUUAUGUGCCAUUAUAAUCCCGGCCACUUAUACUAGUAACUAUAUAAGAAUGAGUUCAUGAAUCUUAAAUGUGGUUUCUGAUAUUUAUAGUUUUUCAUAAGAAAAGUGCUUUCAUUAUAACAUAAUGUUAUGUAUUUGUAUUAUGUAUACUAUCCAUAAAAAAAAUUUAGUU